AUGGAAGCCACCAGAGCUUCAAUCAAGACCGCAAAACUUACUGAAAUCGUGACGGCACUUACUCAAUGGAAGUCUAUAGGUUGUGAAGAAAGAGGUAGCAGUUCUUUGCGGGCAGCGGACAAGCCGAUCAAGGUUUGUGAAACGAUGCGUACGAUGUCAUCGUGGGGCAAGUGGACCUGGUAUAAUUUAGGUGUUUGUCAGAUGCUGACGACGCUUUUAAAAGAGCAAAAAGCAGCAGUUUCCUUGGACGACUAUCAGAGACAGUCAGUACUAUGA